AACCGUUGUAAUGGAGGAGGCGGCUGUGAGGACUGGCUGAGCGGUUCUGACAUAAACAAACAAACAAAUAAAAUUAAUAAUUUACAUUAUAAUAAGGAUGGAUCCUUCAGAAGUGGAAUUUCUCGCUGAGAAGGAAAUGGUGAAGAUUAUCCCGAACUUUAGUCUCGACAAAAUAUAUUUAAUCGGGGGAGACCUGGGGCCGUUUAACCCGGGACUGCCAGUUGACGUGCCCGUGUGGCUGGCGCUCAAUCUGAAACAGAGACAGAAAUGCAGGAUCGUUCCUCCGGAGUGGAUGGACGCCGAUAAACUGGAGGAGAUCCGAGAGCAGGAGAGGAGAGAGGACGCGUUCACACCGAUCCCCAGCCCUUAUUACAUGGAGCUGACCAAAUUACUCCUAAACCAUGCCGCAGACAACAUCCCCAGAGCGGACGAGAUCCGGACUCUGGUCAAAGACAUCUGGGACACUCGCAUCGCCAAACUGCGUCUGUCUGCUGACAGCUUCAUCAACCAACAGGAGGCGCACGCCAGGCUGGAUAACCUGACGCUGCUGGAGAUCAACACCACCCGCAGUUUCCUGUUGGAUUCUCUGAACUACAUGUACAAACUGCGCUCCAACCUGCAGCCCGGCUCAGUCUCGGGGAAAUCGCAGGAUUAUUAACUGGUCCCGUUAGGCCGUUCGCUCUGCGUCUCGGAGCAGCAACGCAACUCGCACCGGAAUUACGUGUUGACUUAUUCAUGGACUUAUUCAUCAGAGUUGUUAAAGCAAAUCCUUGUUUGUAGAAGUCACAUGACUUUAUCACCAAGCUGUGUCUCACUCUGUUGUUAUUAUGUACAUUCACACUGUGUACUGAUGAUUUAACUGGAUUCUGUGAGAUUUAGCUCGGACACUUUUAAUUGAUUUGCUUGGGACACAAUCCUCUGGGAUGUAGUAGAAGGAAUAAAAAAAAAAUCUUAACAAAAAAAAUGAGAAGCUGA